AUAUGUGCAGAAAUGGGAAGGUUCAAAUUGGGAAAUAUCAACCCUGCCCAUUAUUUUCUUAGUCUUAUCACAAUGCUUGGUGAGUAAACCUACUAAACUGGAACAAUGCAGUCAAGUCUUGCUGUCCUAUAUAUUUUUUUCUUGGCCAGAGUUUAUACUUCAGCAUUUGACGAUGGUGUGAACAGUGGCCCAUCAUCUGAACUGUCAACCUGCCCAGAGAUCCCCACAGUGGAUAAUGCAGAAGUUUCCACUACUUCUUUUAAAAGCAAAUAUAUUAAGGGAGAUUCAGUGACAUAUAACUGCCAACAGGGUUAUAUAGGAAGAGUAAUCUUUGUUUGUGAUGGACACAAAUGGCAAAAUAUUCGAAAUGCUAAAUGUUCACGUAAACGAUGUGAGCUUCCUGAAGAUAUACCAAAUGGUCGAUUUUUCCUUGUAAAUGGCACUGAAUUUGUUUAUGGAACCACUAUUAAAUACAUAUGCAAAACAGGUUACCGGAUGGUGAGUCGAGUAGACAACAGAACAUGUUUGGCUGAGGGUUGGAACAACCACUUGCCUCAGUGUGAAGAAAUAACAUGUUCUCCACCAGUAGCUAAGGAUAACAUCAUUGUGGAUGGACUUCCUGAUUAUGAUAACCCAAUAAGAUAUGGACAUCAUUUACAAUUCACUUGUCAUUCUACUGGACUUAAAUUAGUAGGGCCAAAAGAGGUCAUAUGUGGUGAAAAUGGAGAAUGGAGUAAUCCAUUCCCUACAUGUGAGGAAAUCGUUUGUGAGCUUAAACAGAUAAAUGGCAGUGUGGCUGUGGCUGGGCUUCCACAAAACAAUGCACCUAUUAAAUAUGGACAUAAGUUGCAGUUCUACUGCUUUCAGAAAGGCAUGCUUCUAAGCGGAAACAAGGAAGUCACCUGCUCAAAUGAAGGACAGUGGAGCAGCCCAUUUCCCAUAUGUGAAGAGGUUACUUGCAAAGAAGGAGAACUCCAAAAUGUAAAAAUUGUUUAUGGAAGUCCAGGAGUUUCCCCACCUUUUAAACCUAGGCAUUCUUUGAACUUUGAAUGUACCAACCCUGGUUGGACUAUGACAGGACAAUCAUCAAUUACAUGCAGAGAAGAUGGAACAUGGAGUAGUCCAUACCCUACAUGUUCAGGCUGUGGCCCUCCACCACACAUUGAAUUUGCAGAUUUAACUACUUUACAAAAAUCCUACUAUGGAUAUGGAGAACGAGUUGAAUACCGCUGCCAACAGUAUUACACUAUAUGGUCACUAUAUGGUAAGCCCUUCAAGACCUGUGCACAAGGAACAUGGAACGGAUCUGUGAAAUGUUUAAAACCCUGCAUUGUGACCAUAGAAGAUAUGGAUGCCAACAACAUAAGGCAAUAUUAUGGGCAAAAAAGAAAAAUGUACUCAGCGCAUGGAGAGCACAUUACCUUUGCAUGCCAGUAUGGAAAACGAGCAGUGAAUAACGUGGCCUUCCGUCAACAGUGCAGAGAUGGAGUAAUGCAUUUGCCAUUUUGCAUGUAAAGUAGAUCAGGUUACUACUAAACUAUAACUGAAGGGGUAUGUUUGUAACCCCAAUUUGAGUUCAUUUUAAAUUACUAUUGUUAGUUUGGUUUAAUGUCUUUUAAAGUAGAUGCAUUUUCAUUGUCACAUAGAAAAUAUUCAUAGUAUCUCAGUGUCACUUCUGUAAAGGAAGUAUCAAGUAAAUCAGAUAAUGUAUUCUUAAAACAAUGUUUUAGAAUGUCCAGAAUGAUUGAGGUUGUUGGGAAUUGGAAUAGAUAUGGAGAUGUAAUCAUGUGACCUUAUGUGACAAAGUACAAAUUUAAUUGUUUACCAAUUUUCAGUCCCCUGUCAAAUUAUCUAACUGAAUAAACUUUAUACCUUGUCAAAUA